AUGGCAGUGGAGGGGCGGGUCCCAUCGCUCCGGGUUUCCUCUCCGGCUCGGUCUAUUCCCCCCCCGCCCCCCCUCAUUCCCCGCGGGUUCUUCGCUGCGAAGAAAAUGGCGGCGGCGCCGAGCGGAGACGAGGAGAGAUUGGAAGAAAAAUGUGAGGACCAGAAUCUGCAGGGCCUCAAAGACAAGUCCCCGAAGGCCAAAAAGAUGAAGAAGGAGAAGCAGAGGGAAGCCGAGCCGGCCGAGGCGGGCAAGGCGGAGACGUCCGAAGGAGCUGGGGCCGCCCCCGCCGCCCCUGAGGCCUCGGCCUCUCCCAAGCAGCGGCGCUCCAUCAUCCGGGACCGCGGCCCCAUGUACGACGACCCCACGCUGCCCGAGGGCUGGACGCGCAAGCUGAAGCAGAGGAAGUCGGGCCGCUCGGCGGGAAAGUACGACGUCUACCUGAUCAACCCCCAGGGUAAGGCCUUCCGCUCCAAGGUGGAGCUUAUCGCUUACUUCGAAAAGGUAGGGGACACCUCCCUGGACCCCAACGAUUUCGACUUCACGGUGACGGGCCGGGGCAGCCCCUCGCGGCGAGAGCAGAGGCCCCCCAAGAAGGCCAAAGCCCAGAAGGGCCCCGGGACGGGGCGUGGGCGGGGCAGGCCCAAGGGCAGCGGCUCGGCCCGGCCCAAGGCGGCUGCCUCGGAGGGCGUGCAGGUCAAGCGGGUGAUCGAGAAGAGCUCCGGCAAGCUGCUGGUCAAGAUGCCGUUCCAGCCGGGGCCGCCGGGGGGCGCCGGAGGGGCGGGGGGCUCAGCCACCACCUCGGCGGCCCCGGGGGCGGGCGGCCGGCGGCCCGGGCGCAAGCGGAAGUCAGAGUCGGACCCCCAGACGCUGCCCAAGAAGCGGGGGCGCAAGCCGGGGGCGGCGGCGGGGCCCGUGGGGCCGGUGGUGGCCGAGGCCAAGAAGAAGGUGGUGAAGGAGCCGUCCUUCCAGGCCGUGCAGGAGACGGUGCUGCCCAUCAAGAAGCGCAAGACCCGCGAGGCCGUGGCCCUGGAGGUGGCCCCACCGCCCCCCGAGCGCAGCCCCAAGGGACCCCGUCCCGGGCGCCGGAGCAAGGAGAGCAGCCCCAAGGGGCGAGGGGGCAACGCCGCCCCCGCCUCCCCCUCCCCCAGCCGGAAGGAGCCACAGCCGCCGCCCCCCCCGCACCAGCCGCCCCCCGAGCCUCUGGCCCGGCCCCCCGCCAGCCCCAAGGACAGCGUGAGCCCUCCCGAGGCUCAGGACUUGAGCAGCAAGGGGCAGCCGGAGAGUGACGGCUGCCCCAAGGAGCCGCCUAAGACUCAGCCGCCCGCUGUGCUCUACAAACACCGAGGGGAAGGGGAGCGCAAAGACGCUGUCUCCACCUCCUCCUCGGCGCCCCCGCCCGCCGCCCUGCCCCGGCCCAGCAGCAGAGACGAGGCGGUGGAUACCAGGACGCCUGUCUCGGAGCGCGUCAGCUGA